GUCAAUAUGGCGGAUGGAAUAAAGUUCUGCGUAGUGCGUUGUAUUUAUUCAGAUUUUGAUUAAUAUCUCGGUAAGGAAAUUAUCAGACGACACAUUUGAGGCACAUAUCUGUUUAACAUGGCGAAGACAAGGAAAAAGUCAGGUCCAGAGAAAACGGCCAAGAAAUCCAACAGCAGCAUGAACCCAGGUGAUUACGUUCGUUAUGAAGUCUUGGUUACUGUAUAAUUUUCCUCAGUGUAAUGUAGGAAUUUUAUUUCCGAAUUCGGUCGCCUGAAUUUCAAAGGCGAGUCUUUCGUCUACAAUACUAUUUUAACUUAUCUAACGUGAGGUCAACAAGUCUGCAUUGUGUCUGUGAUUUCAAUUGGGCAGUCGGGACAUAACUUGUAGUUUUUUAGAUGACUGUACAUUCUCAUAGAUAUACAUAUAUGUAUAAAUAAGAACGUCCAAUUUUUGCUAAGGCUGAACGUUCUUAUUUUCUACUGCGAUGUCAGCCUGAAAACGUUUUUAAUGUUCUUAGAGUUGAGUGGUCUGGUAUCUCAAUAAAUCAGUCAGAAAAAUGUUCCUUGGUAUUUGAGUUAAUUGUUCUGCUAGACCACAGUUUUAUAUUUCUUUUGCCUUUAUUGAUACUUCUCACACAAAAAACUGGCCAAAUGAAGUCGUUCUUAACUGACUCUCAGCCUGGACAGGUUCUUCAAUUUUGUGUCAUGUCAGCCUGAAUGUUCUUAUAGAAAAAGAUUGCACUGCAUUCAUUGGCACCACUGAAUCAGUCACAAGGAUUAAUAUUCUGUUAGUGUGCAGCUGCUGUACAGUUAAGGAAACAAUAGUUAUGAAGCAGUGAAACUCACUAUGGAAGAUUUGUACCUUGUCUGCAGAAUAUUUCCUCUUUCCGCAUGCAUUUAUUGUGUUAUAACAUUGAUCUGUGGUUUUCCCUCGAUUUUGAGAAUUUUAUUCCAAGAAAAGUUUUAGUUUUCUUCAUUUCAUCCAAUGAUGAUUGAUAUAAGAGGAAGAAAAACAGGAGUCAAACUGGUUUUAGAAAUUUUAAUCCAAGAAAAAAUUGAAACAUAGGGCAUGCAUGGUGCACUUCAACUAUUUUAACAAAGAACAUUUUACAGACCGUCCAAAACCAGCAGUGGGUUCAAACAUGAGAGACAAAGCAACAGUUAACAGGCUUAAGAUGUACAAAUCAGGAGGAAAGGCUGUGAGGUGUGUACAUUCCACAAUAAAAACACAUGCUGACAACAAUUAUCCUCCAUCCCUUUAUGGAAUAUUUUUCUAUAUUUUGUAUUGAUGAGGCCAACUUUUAAAUACAGUAAAGGAGGAUUCCCUAAGUGCACCAAGUGUUGGUCUCUAAAAAGGUGCUUGUAUGAACAAGACAAGCACCGUAGUUUCAGGGUAAUUUUGUAUUAUCAACUGAGUUGAUAACAUAAAUUGGCCACUGUAAAGAGUUAAAGAGCUGACAUUUUGAGUGUUAGUGAUUGUAUUGCUCUGACAAAGGGCUUAUACUGGAAACAUCAUCAACUCUUUCACAUGGCCAAUUUUCAUCAUCAAUUCAGUUGAUAAUACUAAAUUACCCUUUUACCCUCUCUUACCAAUACAGCGCCACAGUUUCUUUAGAAACUUACCCCCUUUUAUUCAUUCACCCCAGUUUCACCUUAGUUAAUACAGCCAGUUAAUACUGGCAGGAAAUGGUUUGAACAUAGGAGUGUCACUACAUCUUGUGGUACAAAAGGUGAAGGUGGUUCUUAACCCUUUAACUCCCAGAUCAAAUUUGUAAUUCUCCUUACUGUCAACAAUACAAUUCUUUUAAUGUUAGUUCACAGAAUUUGGCAUUGGAUCAACUAAUUAUCCCCAAAUUGAUCUUUUUCUUUAUUCUCAUCACUUAUCUGGUUGAUACUGUAUAGAUAUUUUAAAGAGAAAUUCUGUCUUGGUCACUCAUUGGAGUUAAAGGGUUAAACAUACUGUUCUUAGUGAAACUGAAGGACUUGAAGCCUACUGCUGUUCAUGUUACAGUUAAUUUAACUGGAAAGGACACUAGGUGAAACAUUUACUUUAAAGAAAGAAAAACUAUUUGGCACCCUGUAGGUGAUGAUGCAUGAAUGGGAGGUUCAUUUUAAAUUACAUUUUCCUACUGCCUUGAAAGUGACCUUACAACUUGAAUUUGUCAACCAAUUUUUUUGGCAGAUAGCAGCUUCCAGUGUUCUUUAGAACUUGGUUCAUUUAAUAGGGUGCCACUCUGGUACCAGGGGCUCAUGUGUCUAAGUCAAACUCAAGGCUGAAUCUCUCUUCUUCUUUUUGUGAAACAUUUAUUUGUGGGUCAUUUUUUGUACUCAAAUUUCAAAAGUUGGUCUGAUUAAAUAAAAGGAAUUUAACCCUUUAACUCCCAAGAUCUUAUUAGUAAUUCUCCUUAUUGUUUGCCAAAUGAUUCUUAUUAUCUUAGUUUGGAGAAUAUGAUAUUGGAUCAAUUAGUAAUCCCAUGAUUAAUAUUUUUCUUUAUUCUCAUCACUUGUCUGCUUGGUAUUGUAGACAUAGUAUGGAGAAAUUCUUCCUUGGUCACUUAAAGGAGUUAAAGGGUUAAAUUACAAAUCUUUUUCUAAUGUCCACUCUAAGAUUUUUUUACACCAUCAUGCACAACUUUUUACAUUGCCUUUGAUAUAAUUUGUUUUGUUUUUUUUUUUUUUGACACCACAUAAAUUUUGCCUUUGUGAUUUUUCUUAAAUAGGAACAAGAAAGGAAAAAUAGUGAAGCCUGCUCCCUUUCAAAGCUCUGUAGCUUCAGGAGAAGUGGCACGAGUGGCUCCAAACAGAAAAUGGUUUGGUAAGUACAUUUAGCUCUACAUGCUUUGGACUUAAAAUUGGUAGCCACCUGAUUCACUUUUCCCAUCAUCUCAAAUGAAUUUCCGAACAUUUUGAGCUCAUUUUAAGAAAUUCUGGCUGUGUUUUUAUCCAUAGAUGGUAUAAGAUUUUCCCACACAGUAGCUGAAAGUUUCAGUCUUACUUCUCCUUGUUUAGCUCCCUUCCCUUCAGCUAGAGGAGUACCAGGCAAUCAUAGAAAACUGGUUUUAGGUUACUCAGUGAUGGGUGACCUGAAUAACUGGGAAACAAGAUCAAAAAAGAGCAUGAAAAGAACUUUGUUUGAAAAGUUAAGAACCAAACUUUGAAAGUUUCAAAAGACCUUUUCAUAAACCACAUCCUGAGUUAAGAGGUUCAGAACCACUCUGAUUACUUUCAGGUGCUUUUAAAGCAAAGAAAGAUCCAUAAUGGCAACUCUUUGUUGGAUCAAUUGACUUUUUGAAAUUUUGCUCAUGGUUUAAUUGGGUAAGGGUGGACUGGUGGCAUGGAGGAUCAGUUCAAACUCUUUGCCAUUAUAACCAUUCCCUUCCUUGUUUCGAUCCUGUUUCCUGAUUUCUUUCCUAUUUGCCACUGAAGAACCUGGACCUAGGCAGCAUUUGGUUGUACUCUUUAAUGAACACUGUGCUUGGUUCACACCUGUUGCUUAGCUCUUUCUAGGAAGUUGUCCACUCUCAUAAUUUCCAGCUUUAGAGACAAUUUUAAGCCACACUAUUUUAUAUCAUUUUUGCAAUAGUUGUUAUUAUAACUGUAAUGUUUAAUUGUACUAGUAAUUUUUUUUUCAGAGGACAAGGAUUUAUUUAUUAUGACAACAUAAUUCACAUGUUUACGUUCCACAAGUGUGGUAUAACAAUAGCUGCAAUUUAUAUCAUAGGUUUAGCAGCUUAAUGACACUUGUAAUGUUAAAGAUCAAAUUACUUCUUGCGGAAAAUUUCCCCUGGCUAUAGUUUUUUCAUUAUAAAUGGUUUUAAGCUGUUUCAUGACUAAGAAAUUAAAUGAUUGAAUUUAAGAGAAAAGUCAAACAUAAAUAAAAUAAUCCUUAAUCUUCUUUAUUUAUCUAAUUUAUUGUACCAGGAAACACAAGGGUGAUAUCACAAAAUGCUUUGCAAUCAUUCCAAGAUGAAAUGGGAAAAGUUCUCAAUGAUCCGUACAAGGCAUGUUGUAAAUAGCUUAGUUUCAUACAGUACUGUUAAUAUGUUACAGAAUUUGAGAUGGAUGUUGUACAUUUGUUAUUUGUGUAGAACAAAAAGAUAUAUGAUAUCCACUUGAGGACUUGAAAUCCUAGCCAGGUCUGAUUUGUGACAUGUAGAUGUUCUACCAAUCAAGGUACAGGUGAUGUGAUAGCAGGCCAGGUCUUGUAGGUUCGCAUACAAGACACUAUUGUUUCAUAUUCAGUUAGGGUUGGUUAGGGAGAGAGCAUGUUGUGUGAAGAUGAGAGAAGAUGGUAAAUUUUCAGUUGAUUGGCGAGGUAGGUCCAAUGCAGGAUUCAAAUGUGACGAGCAUCCGCAACACUGCUGAGAUAAGCAGCCAUAAUGUUAAAAGCCCCACUUGUAGUUAAUUGCAUGUUUGUUAAAGAUCAACUUACUUGUCCCAGUUGGUUAAAAUAAUAUUGCUGUGACUACCAACAGGUUGUGAUGCGGCAAAGUAAACUGCCAUUGUCUUUGUUGAAUGACAAGGUACAGUCAGCCAGAGUACAUAUUCUGGACACAGAAAGUUUCGGAACGACCUUUGGACCCAAAGCACAACGCAAAAGACCAAACCUUAAGGCAGCUGAUAUGAAGGUUGGUGACAUUAGUCUUUUCAUCAGUAAGAUCAUGAAGAAGGCAUUUUGAUCAUAAUUAAUACAACUUCAGGGACAUAAGGAAUUAAACACAUAAGGUUUUUCUUUUCAAAUUUACCAGCAUGUAUCAGUGUUUGGCAACCCACAAUGCCUAAAACAAAUGAAUUUUAGGUUCAAAUGAUUUUGAAAUAGUUUGAAUUGCUUUUUCUCUGUUCCAGUUAUCUGACCCUGAAAUUAAAAAAAUAGAAAUGGAUAAAAUUAAUGAAAUGAGAGUGAAUCCAUUUUAAACCACAACACAGCUCUAUGGGAGAAACUCUAAUCUAUGAGUAUAAGUAAUUGUUUUUUUUGUAAUUAUACAAGAGAUAUAGAGUACAUUUUACUAAACCCAAACCCAAAAUAAUUGCAACAACCAAAUUAUCAGAACAUAGGAAUUAACUUAUUUCAAGAAACUUUUGAGAACUCAGAGUAAAGAUGAGAACAUAUGAACAAUUAUUGUGAAAAAAAAAUCGGUGUGACUUAAUCAAGAUUGUUUUGAGUUUUGCAUCUACAUUUGGUUGAGAGGUAAGCAUUUGAGUGUUCACAGAAAGAAGAAAGAAUCACAAUUUAGUGAUGUUAUGAAACAAAAGUGUUAAAAGUGAACAGUUCUGGUCUCUAUUUUCCUUCAGGGUUUUAUGGAAGCUGCACAGGUGUCAUCAGGUAAUUAUUAAUAGAAAAACUGUCUGAAAUUAUCAUAAUUUAUUAUUUUUAUUUACUAUCAUAUUUUAUCGCCUACUAGUAGUUAAUGAUCCUCGAAAGGCCCUUCAUGGGAGUUAUUGUGCCAGAUAUACCUUUAUUAGCCUUACACAUUGAAAAUUUCAAAGGAAACAUGUGGCAGCCAAAUUUUAUGGGUUUGUUGGAUGAUUGUUUUUUUUUUCUCAGAAGAAUAGUUGUUGUAAACAUUGAAUUCUUGAAAUCUAAGUGGAAUGCAUCCUUUGUAAACUUUGUAGAAAUGUACGAUGAAGAGAAAGAUAUGAACCUUGUUAGGGAAGAUGAUGGGGAAAGGUAAGCUUCAUUGAACAAGAUUUUCUUCUAAAACACAUUUUGAAGUACCAGUUAAGCUGUUGUACAUGUAAGACCACCAGUAUCAUAUCCUAAUUAUAAUAUACAGGGUUUGUACACGUUUUGGAAAACCUGGAGAGUCCUGGAAUUUUAUUUUGCAAUUUUCCAGGACUUCCCAGUCCUGGAAAGAGACUACAGGCCCUAGAAAUUGCUGGGAAUCUGCUUAAACUUGAACAAUGAAGUUUUCAGAAUUUAUGUUAUACAUGUAAGAAGAAAAUGUAGACUGUAAGGAGAACUGACAUCAAAAUCUUAGGAAUGAAAGAGUUACAGGUGAAAUCUGGAGUCCUGGAAAAAUCAUUAUGAGUCCUGGAAAAGUUCUGGGAAAGUUCUUAAAAUAUUUCUUUCAGAAAAAGGGUACGAAUUCUGAUUUAUGAGGAAGGAAAUCAGAGCUGAGGUGAAAGUGCAUGCAAAAUAAUGAAACUAGGCAUCACUUUAUAUCAUAGUGAGAGAAGGAAAAAAAUACCUGAUACAUGUACUUCACAGAAGGAGGUUUAAAAUUUUUGACACUGUCUUCCAUAUGAUAUACAUGAAAAUUUACAGUUGUAAAUGCUCCUCUCAAUGUUCAAUGCCCAGCAGACAGUCAGAAUGAAUUUGAUUCAGCACACAGUGUUGGUUGACAAGUGGGUGACUUGUUAGCAAUUGUUUUAUUUGCAUUUGUAAUUACUGGUAUACUAUAGCUAUGUCAGUCUGUAAAAAUGGAAAUUUUUCGUUGUUGUUUUGGUAACUUGUCUUUUGUUUUAUUUAUUUGUGUGAGUGCGUAAUUAAAUUGAUGUCCUACUUUGUUGAAUCAUUAUUUUUCAUGUCCUUCUCGCAGAGAGGAAGCUAAAGAAUCACUGUUCACAAAAGGACAAUCAAAAAGAAUUUGGAAUGAGCUUUACAAGGUAAAAAGAAAGAACAAGGGGUAUUGAGCUGAAACGCAGCUUGGCAUUGCAUCUUUUCUAGGAAUUUACCCAUGCAUUACAUCAAAAUUUCAUGCAAGCUGAAUGGUCCUUUUUCAACCUCAAAAGUGUCUACAUACGUAUGGACUUUAAGCCGAAAACUGAGAAUUCAAAAGUUAUACUUGUCUAUGACUAGUCUGACUUAUUUCUCUUGCUUUGGACAAUGGCAGUAGAGCUCCAUAUUGAUAAUAAUUUUAAAUUCUUUCCAAACUUCAAAGUCAAGUGCUAAGCCCCUAUAAUACUUUUAAUUUGUUUAUUUAUGUGUUUUUCAGGUCAUAGAUUCAUCUGACGUUGUCAUACAGGUAUGUAAAAACCUCAAACUAUUGAGAUGUCAUAUAAUGUUACUGCAAAGUAUUUUCUGCUUAAAGGGGGGGGGCAGACUGAUCAAUUAUCAUAGUCAAAACAUGUGAAAGUUCUAAGUUAGUGCUACAUAUACUUUGUGUUUAAAACUAAGAAGAUUUACUGAAGAAUCAUCCCAAAUGCCUUUAUUCACACCAUUUACAGAGGCAACGUUUUUUUUGAGUCUUCGGGAUUAACUGCCUUAGAGGGUUUGCACGUUGUCCAGCAUUGGCAUUUUUCUGAAUGCUAUCAUGCCCAGUUUUUUUUUUGUUUUUUUUUUUUUUCAUUCUUCAAAAAAGUUCUUGUAGAUCUGUAAGCACGGUAGUAAAAGCGUCAUGUUCUUAGAAACUAUGCGUGUUGUUGUGAAGAACUGAAAAUAGAAAAAGGGUGGUGUCUCUUUGUCUGGUCGUGGCUUCCUUUUGUAACGAUGUAAGAAUUACAAAGCACAUAUUGGACUAAUAGGAGGUGGUAUGACAUGAAGUAUAGUUAGGGUAAGGAUUAGUAUUUGAACCCGGUAUCUUUCUAAACGUGAUACCCUAAAGAGAGCGUGGUAUUCUGUGUAAUACCGUGUACUAACGGAAAUACGUCAUAGCCACCUUAUUUCGAAAAAAGCCAGGCUAUUUGUACUCGCUUUGAUUGCUGCAUGGAUGCCCGAUUACGGCUAGACCACUCUAGAAAUUUAUUUAGCACCAGGUUUGAGUUAACGUGUGAUCGAGGCAUCAGGAGUUAACUGUACAUGUAAAAUCGUGAGCCCUCUGAAAGCAAAGUAAUAUUUUUAUACAUAAGGUUAUUUGGGCUUUCAUUUUAGGUACUAGAUGCUCGUGAUCCCAUGGGAACACGUUCAACUCAUAUUGAGUCCUUCAUGAAGAAAGAGAAACAGCACAAACAUCUUAUUUUUGUUUUGAACAAGUGUGAUCUUGUGCCAACCUGGGUAACGGUAAGUAACAAACUAUGUGGUCAGCGUGUACACGCAGGUGCAAUUUGUGCCUCGUGACAAAUAGAAACCAUUUUUAUCCUCGCGAUUGUUUGCUCUCCUUGUCUCAUGUGUUUCACCACCCUACUGAACCAAUAUCUUACAGUCUUCUUUGAGAUCGAGUUAGUUUGGUUGUCACAGAAAAUCUUUUGCGGUUUUACUGUUUCAUGAUGAUAUUGGAGCAAAAACUGAAUGGGAGAAAAUUUUUAUUAUUUCAUGCAGACCAUUCUCCCGCUUCACCUCUUUUCACUUGUGAUCAAAGGUAUCUCCAGAAAACUGGGAAAUAUCCGGUGAUAUUUGUAGAGUGAUAUUCCCGAAGUUGAAAACCUAGCGUCCAAAAAGCUUCCUUGAGACUUAAAUGUAAGAAGGGGGAGCUUUCAGCUGGUGUUACGGAAAAGUAAACCAACUGAAAACUCAACAUUCCAUGUCGUACACGUAAACGGAAAGCUUUUGCUAAGCGUUUUGUCUCCCGCGUUGCAAAGUAUUUUCGUGGAAUGACAAUCUCGAUGACUCCCAUUUGGCGGGAAAGUAUGCUCGGAUAAUUCUCUGUUCCUUGGAAAACUGUUUCCUUCUCGAAACAGAUAACGUUCAUGGAGAAAUAUCCCAGCAUAUUCUCGCUUAAACGGGAGGCUAGAGUGUCUUGAUGUGGUUUUGAUGCUGCUGGUGUUUUAUGAUAUAUUUUCGUUAUGUCUAUUUGUUAUGUAAAGCAAAGAUGGGUGACAGUCCUGUCUGCAGAUCAUCCUACUCUUGCCUUCCAUGCAAGUGUUACAAAUCCAUUUGGCAAAGGGGCUCUGAUCAACCUACUCAGACAGUUUGCCAAGGUAUAUGGAAUGUUUUGAUAAGUUUUUUGUUAGAUUGAUGACGGUAUAUUGUGGUUAAUUUGGAACUCGGUUGUUGAAUAAAGGAAGAUGUUAAACUAAUUUUGAGAUGUUAUGUGUCAAAUUUCAGCACUUAAGACAAUGAAACUUUCAUUCUCGUUACCAUUGUUAUACUAAUUGAUCUUAGAUUCUUGAAACCUUCACUUGAAUUCCCAUAACGCAAGGGAUUUCCUUCAAGCUUGAGCAGUUUCUCGAGGAUAAAAAAAUGAUGAAAUAGCGUAAAUUGCCUGGGACUUACAUGUAAUUGUGCUUCAACUCUGGGGGAAACGACUUUAAUACAGGGUGAGACAGCCCUUGGCGGAAAGUUCACUUGAAAAAAAACGACCGAUAGCUUUGGUUUAAAAUGUGCAUUUCCCGGUUUUUUUAAUUUUAUACUUUUUUUCUCUUUCACAGCUUCACACUGACAAGAAGCAAAUAAGGUUAGUUGUAACCUCCAACGUUUGUAAAUAUUUUUCAAUUAAUAGCAGAUAGACGUAGACCGAAAGAGCAUAUCUUCAAAAAAAAAAGGUAUCGGACUGUUUUUCUGUCUGCUCACUUCGAGGAAUAGAUGAUUUACGCGGAAAGAUAUCCGAGCAAAUGUUCGCUCUAAAUUUAAACUACAAUUUUUUUUUUUAUAAUUACUUUUCCAUACCCGAAGAAAGAGGUGGGGGGGGGGGAGGAAGAGAAGUGGCAUUCUGCCUUUGGUUUAUGUCUGUAAAUUGUUUUCUUUUGAAGUGUUGGCGUUAUUGGUUACCCUAAUGUCGGGAAGAGUUCCAUCAUAAACACACUGAGAGCCAAGAAAGUCUGUAACGUGGCACCAAUUGCUGGGGAAACCAAGGUAAAAAUUAAUUUUUAUUUUUCCUUUUUUUUUUUUUUACAUUUUUAUAGUGUUGAUGUAAAUGUGCGAAACGUUUAGUUUUAUGGAUUACAGUUCUGAGGUCAAAGUGAGAAUGAUUUCCGAUGACGGGUUGGUUGAGUCAGUGGUAAAGUUUCUGUAGUGAAAUACAGUGUAUAUCCUCCUGAUAUGACUUUUCCGUUGGAUUAGUUUCUUUCCAGGAAAAACCCAUAAAGUCAUUUAUCCGGGGGCCUGUAAUUGGGAUUUUUACAAUAUCGUGUCUCAGUAAAGAUACUCGAGGUUCGACUUUAUUUGCUGAUUAUUCGCGACUAUUUUAGCCUUGUUGCAAAGCACCUUGAGCUGUCUGACACAUCCUUGACCACUGUUUGCAGGUGUGGCAGUACGUGACACUGAUGAGGCGAAUCUACCUAAUUGACUGCCCUGGAGUCGUGUAUCCAAGUGGUGACUCGGAAACUGAGAUUAUACUUAAAGGCGUGGUAAGGAAUCUCUUUAUAGAGCUAGUAGUUUGCGAUGUGGUACGUGCUCCUGUGUGCGUGAGUGCUUUGGGUGUUCUUAGAAUUAUCUGCACUGAAAAUAAUACUGAUCCUGGCAGUGUGCAGAACACUUGUCAGCUAUAUGAAUCUACAUGUAUUUUCUGGUUGUGGGCUGCAGCAAGUUCUCUUUAGUUUAAUAUAUUGAGCGUAUGUCCGCAAGUCUGAGGUUUGAGGGUCGAAUCUCACAUCAAAUGUCCCUAUGCUCUUUAUAGAUAUUUGAAUAUCUCUGAUUGUCAUGAAAUUUGGCCACUUAGCUAGCCCCGGAAACCUGAAUCCAGUGGAAAUUUUUAAACUUAGUCCUUCAUUAUUUUGUGGCAAGCAGUUUAUACACUAACAUAGUGUGACUCAAACUAUAUGCGGAUUUCAUGUUCUUGAUCACCAGGUUCGUGUUGAGAAUGUGAAAGACGCAGCCUGCCACAUCCCCGUUGUACUGGAACGGGUCAAGCAGGAGUACAUCGCGAAGACUUACAAAGUAUCAUCGUGGAACGAUCCAACAGACUUUCUGGAACAAGUUGCGCAACGAACUGGCAAGCUUCUCAAGGUAAGAAACAUCUUUUACACGGACGUCGUAAGAUAAGCUGUAGCUGGGUGGUUUUUGCGCUGAAAUCCAGAUUGAAAGUUUCAGGUUUGAGGCUCAGUUGGGUGACACUGUGCUCUUUCAUUACGUCUGCGUACAAAUGGAUACCCUGCUGGGGAAACCUGACGAAGUGCGUGGAAUUAAUCUUGAUGAACAACCAUCGUAUCUUGAGGAAGAAGCAAUAGAUCCAGGCGCUGAAUGGCACUGAAAAGGCGAUUGUUUCGGCAGCUGUGAAAUUUAGAUUCGGUUGCAGACGUUGCCCCUUGCCUCAUGAAAGAGACGUUAAUUUCAUUUCUCUUUCUUCCGCUUGAAAGUUGGUCCAUUUUCAAUUCCUUUCUCCUCAGGGUGGCGAAGCUGAUGUCAAUACAGUGGCCAAAAUGAUUUUGAAUGAUUUCCAACGUGGGAAGCUGCCAUACUUUGUUGCACCACCAAAUAAGGUAGGUAAAAAGUUUUUUUCCUUUCCUUUUCUCAUCGGCGAGGGAAGUAAAAAGUCUGAAGCUAAUCUAAUGUCGAAGGCAUGGUGGUGCAACACCUCGUGCUGCCUCCUGAAUUAGCUGGACUCGCACACGGAAAAAUUGAAAGUCGUAAAUCUCUUUACCAUUUUCUCUAUGAAUCGAAUCAGCUUUCCUAAUGCACUGGCCGACGAGUUAAACAAUAAUUAAUUGCUUAAAAAUAUCACAAUUGUUUUUGGUGUCAAGGCAUAAUUAUUGAUAUGGUGCAUUUUCCGCCCUAAAAAAAGGGCGGAAUCGAGUGGGAACAAAGCUUUUUUGUGUGUUCCAGAGGCAUUUUAUGAUGCAUGAGGUAAGGGCCAGUCAUUUUCUCCACACCCCUCUCGUCAAGGUCUCUUCUUGUUCAAAACCCUUGUCCCGUACAGAAAAAAAGAACACUGUAAUAAGUCUGUCUUCGGCUAUUUCACGCUCUCGUAGUUUUUAGUUUGUUAAAGAUCCCUCAGUCAUUUUUACUUUUCGCAGGAAGGAGAAUCUAACUCAGAAGAAACGAAGAAUGAAAAGAAAACAUCGUCUCGAUUUCCACCACUUGAAGAAAGUUUUGUUAAAGAAGCAGACACUGAGGCUAAGGAUAAGAAAGAAGAACUAGCUGAGAAGGAAACGAGAAGAGAAAACACCAAGCAAGGCAAAGAAAAAACUUCUCAAAACGGCAGCCUUUCAGUUGGCGAAGAACAUAACUCACCAACGGACCCAUUGGCUGAGGCACAAACAGCUGUUGAGACAAACGAUUCAAAUAAAACUCAGGAAAGGUGUUCGUCUGAGACCGCAAAAAUUAAGUCUGGCGAGAAUACAGCGAUCAAUGACGACUGUGUUCAGAAGUCAAAGAAUAUAAAGUUACAUGUGAAACAGGAUUUCAGUGCCAUUAACGUUGGACCUGAAUAUACUGGCGACGAUGUGCAGCCCUUGGAAGAAGGGAAGGAACCUGAUGGAAAUCCUGAAUUUGAGGAUGAAAGUGAAGAAGAGGAAGAAGAGGAAGUUGAAGAAGAAGAAGAAGAAGAAAAAAAGAAGAGGAGGAGGAGGAUAUGAGGGAGGAUGAAGAGGGAGAUGACGUCAGAGCAGCCUACGGGAAAUACGAGUGAGUAUUUACUGGUCAACUUUGAUAAAGAAGAUCGAUAUGAUAAGAGAAACAAAAAAAGAAAAAAAAAACACCCAACAUUCCCCGCGCCAGGGUUCGAACCCUGACCACGUGCCGCAACACGGUGCGGUGAGAUGUUCCACUCACUGAGCAGCGAGAAACUUGUCAAUAUCGUAUGGGAAAUAUUAACCUCAUGUACCAGAUGUACAUCAGGCUAAUCGAAGUUAAAGUGAACACAGCGUUAGAGAGCCAAAAGUACAAUUGAAGGAGUUAAGACAUUACAGAGUAUUUUUAAUUAAUUUAUUCGACGUGCAAAAUGCCUGCAGCGUUAAGUAGACAUCGAAUCAAAGCUCUAUAAGAGGCAUUUAUAAACCAGGAAGGAUUAUAAAAAGAAUGAGAAUGGAGAAUAUUUCAACGUAUCACUAAUUCCAAACUUGAAAUAUCAAGGCUACGCUUUUCAAAUGCCACAAACAUUGAUCUAGUCCUUCAGAGCGUUAAACAUGGAAGGGAAGGGGAGUUAAUGUCAGAAAGCUUUUUCGGAAGCAAUUGUAAAUUUUUCAGCUUUUACUCGCCUCUCAUAGACAUCCAGAUAGACAUCCACUCCAAACUCUCUCGCAUGGUAGCUCCCGCUUCAAUCUUCCUCUUGAAAUCCCAGAGUCUUUGAAAUGGGGAAACUGAAUGAAAAAGAAAAAAAAGUGAUUAAUUUAUGGAGUUAUACUUGGUCAUUAUUUGUGUCCGAUUUUCAGAGAGGAGGAGCUUGGAAGCGAAGAGGAUGAUGAAACGGAAGAAGAAGAAGAGCAAGAGGACGAACAAGGAAAAAAUAAAAAACAGCGACCACUUGAGAGUAAUGUGAAUACCAGAAUGGACGAGUGUAACGAGGAUAGUCAUAGUGACAGUGUAGAAAAUGAUGAUGAAUCGUCGGACAAUAAAGAAGAAUCAGAAGAAAGGCCUGGUCCUUUGAAAGAGUCGACAAUCACGUUAGACAAGGAGACUGAAAAAAGGAAACAGAGACUGCUCGAAAAAUUCAAAAAGUUACAAGGUAAGUCUUUUGUGAUAAGUUGAUGGUCAGGUUAAACUUACAACCUAUCAAAAACUCAAGUGGGCAAUCGAUUUUUCAGAAAGUGGUGAUAUUUGCGGAGGCACCUGAGAUCAGGCAGAGAUCAGACAGUUUUUUGUGCGUAAAGUGCAGUCUUUUUUUCUGCUUUUUUAUGCGCUGAUGAUUCGAAAAGGAUAUCAAAGGUAAACGAGCGAUAGACUUAGCGACAGAAAUCUGUUGGGCGACGCCCAAAAAGGAAAGUGUAAGUAAAUUUUCAACUAGAAGUUGAUGAAACCUCAGUCCCCUCCCUGGAAAGUCACACCGUGGAUAACGAACUAUGUUUUGUUUGUUUUCUUUUUUUUAAUGUUUUGUUUGCCAGGUGUAGAAAAAUUACCCUCUCGCCGGGCACAGGAGUGGACUACGCCCACUGAUCAGCAAUUCUCUGUUAGGGUAAGCCCGUACGUCGCUUGUGUUGAAGCGGAAGGAAGCGAGAACGGCACUAACAAACAACUUGGCAAGGAACAGAAUGUAAAUAACACUCCACGAGCGCGUCCGGACAGAUUGUUAAAAGCAACAAGAGAAACAAAAGCCACCAGGAAGGGUACGAAAAUAGGUAAGAGGUAGCACACUUUUGAAAUCAUACUGGGCGUGUCCAAAGUUAUUGCAACGACCAAUCACAACAAAGGAUCUAUGAAAAGGAGCCACUGGGAGUGAAAUAGAGUGCACUGCUGGAAAACAUGAGACGAUUGGACGCGGCAAGUUUUGACUUUGCAUCUGAUUGGUUGAGACGGUCACGUGGGUUUUUAGAGAAAACAAAGGCUAUCGUAAAGCAAAAACUAAUGUACACCCCGAUUGCUUUCGACCCUCAAUAGAAAAUAGAUCCAGCUUACUGCGUCGUGUUCAUUACGUUUAAACGGUAUGUUUAUCGUCAAUGGUAACCCUAGCAACUGUAAUAGUAGCCUUACGUGGCCUUUUUUAGUUGGCGUAACUGUACGGAGAAGGUAAGCUCAGGACAACCGAGAAAAAAAUUCAAUAGAGUGAGACUUCAGAUUUCAAACAGCACGUUAAACCACUGCGCAGCGCCGUUGUCACGAUUCCCGCUCAAAUCCCCGGGAUUCCUCACCGAUCAAUAUUUGCAAAUCAUUAAAAUACCUUUUUUGCAACCUUCUAAUAGUUGCUAGUCUUACUGCUGAAAAGGAAGAAUCUGGAUGGUUCUAAAACGAACACGGAGCUUAACCCACACAAGACAUUCGCGCGGAGAAAUCCUUGUAAAAUUUGCGUUGGUUGAUACCCAACCAGUGCGAGUACUGUUUUUCCUUUUUUUAAUUUCCUCGUUGUCGUUCUCUUUUCUCAUUAACGCUUAUUAUUUAUUUGCUACGUAUUCAACAGAUUCUAGAGGCACUGAUAGAAGACGUGGCAAACGCAAAAGUGACGACGACAGCGAAGGUGAUGAAUCGCCCAAACCAAAGGUAAAAUUGAACAUUGACGUUCUUCUCCUGUUCAUAUGAAUAAUUUCGAGGGCGUUGUGCGAUCAUACAUUUUCAGCUGGGUCGUUGAAUAAAUGAAGGUAGAUUGCUUGUAACUAGGCUGUGUCAUAGUCAGUGAAAUAUCCUCACUGCAAAGGAGUCUUUUAAGCCUUUACCCCACUUAGAGUCUAAUUUCUCCAUACAAUAUCACCCUUGAAUCAAAUUAAAGGUAUAGAAUUAGGGAUAUAAUCACCAAUUCACGAAGCUCCUGAUUGUCAAACAAAUUCUCUUUGACGGUAACGUAGGAAAGUGUGGAGAAUAUGAAUUUAACUGUUAAGGUGUGACUGUUCUUUUGUUUUCAUUUAGGCACCGCGUCUGAAAACAAACAAACAGAAGAUUGGUGUUCGUUACUACGAGACAGUGAAUGUGAAAAACAAGAACCGUAACAAGAAUGCGAAACUUCGGGAAGAACAAACAGGAAAGAAGGGAAAGAAAAGAAAAUGACCUGAUAUGCAAACGGCGAUAGACUCCCUAAGACAUUUGAACACAAUGCUUUGGCCUUGUCGCCAGGAGUCGGAAUGGUAAUUUUUAAGAAAUUUUUGAGGUCUGGCAAAACUCAAGGAAAUUGUAGAAAUGUUUAUGUAAAGUCGAGG